AUGAAGGGGCGGAGCUGCGGGUGGCUGAAUGUCCCGGAUGGUGUUGUCAGGAAGAGCCGCGCGCCGCUGAGGCUCCGGAGCGCUUCCACAUUUACAGAUUUAAAGCUCCGUGAUCCGCUCCGCUGCCCCGCUGCUCCGCUCCCGGCCCGCCGUCCGCCCGGUGUCUGUGUGCGGUGGUCCGGCCUGCGGGGGUUUCGGUUCUCUCUUCAUGCUGCCUGCGGUCUGGAGCUCAUGGAUGAGGGACAGUGGCAGAGCGAAGGCCCGGUGAGGCGGGGCGGGACGGGGGAGGCAGAGCUCCAGAGCGAGGGCUCAGCCCGAAGCCCCGACCAGAACCACAACCGCCUGCUGGAGGAGGGCGAGGAGGUGGAGCAGGGUCCGAGAGGAGGACACAGGACCACCCAGGACUCUACCAACAACAACAACAGCACAGGGGAAGACGAAGAGGAGGAGGAGGAUGAUGAAGAUGAAGCCUAUGAGGAAGGUUCCAAAGUGGAGGAAGAGGAUGACGAAGAGAUGGACAGUAACAGCGGAGCCUUUUCUCCGGAGCCGGACGGACAGAUCCAGGACUCACCGUCGCCGAGCCCCAGCCCUACAGUAUCUGAAGCCCCUCUGAGUGUGGAGUGUACGGCGGUGGGUGCUGCUGUUCCGGAGCUCGGACCGUCUCUCUCCGCCUGUGUGUGUGUGUUGGAGGAGAGAGGAGACGACGCUCUGCUGCCACACACACUGCACCAGAUAGCGGAGGCUCUGGUUCUGGAGCGAGACUAUCAGCGGGCCAUCCGCUUCCUCCAGCUGGAGAGACUGUACCAUGAGAGAGUGCUGUCCAACAUCGCCGCCCUGCAGGAUCAAUGGGAGAGCAGAUGGAGGCUGGUUGGUCAGGGUCAGAGCUCCAGUGUUUCUGACAGUGACCUGGAUAUAGAACAUUUGGAGACGCUGAGACACAUCUGCAGAACACACACACAACCGAGGCGGAGCGCCGAGAGGUGUGAGCUGGUGGUUAAAGUCCAGCGGAACAGAGUGAUCAGCGAGAGCGCCGGAGAGAACCACAGCGCGUCCGAGCGUCUAUGCGGCUCAGCUGAAACAGAGAAGCUGAUGGACGAGCAGAAGAGACGGGAUGAUUUCUCUGAAGAGCGCCACAGAUCCCCUGCCAGUCAGCAGGGGGAGACAGACUCACAUUUCCCCGAUUCCUCUCUCAGCCCUUCCUCCUCUUCCGACCCGGCCACGCCCUCUUUUACCGUGACGGACAGCCCCCGGCUGAGCGGAGGAGGGGAGGAGGAGGCCGAGAGUCCAGCAGAUACGCACACGGUGGCCAAAGUGACCGACGCGCUGCGGACUGGAGGGCCCGGAAAGGAGAUGGAGGGAGGAGGGGAGCCUCUGGACACCGGGCAGGACCUGGGACCGGACCGGACGGAAGUAGCAGAGCCAGUGGAGAAGGGAGGAGGAGAGGAGGAGGUGGAGGAGGCGGUGGAGGCUCUGGAGCUGGAGGCUGGAGGAGAACACCAGGAGCCGCUGGAUCUGGAGGUUCCUGAGCUGAGAGCAGAGGAUGAGCUGGAGGAGGAGGGACACGGCGUGGAGACGCUGGAGGUGGAGAAAACGGACACGCUGGACGACCUGGCCAAACGCAUCCAGGUGGAGGAGAUCACUCCAGCUGCUGGUCUGGUUUCUAUCCUGAAGAGAAGAGCCUCUCUGGAGGGGACGAGCUCCACCACACCGACUCCAAAACCCGCCAGCAAACGCAAAGUCCGCUUCAGAGUUCCUGACGACGGCCUGGACAACGAAGAGGUGGGCGGAGACCCCUGGUUGCUCCUCCUCCUGCUGUGCCUGGCCACCGUGGUGAUCAGUGUGGGCGGGACUGCGCUGUACUGCACCUUCGGCGACGCCCAGUCAAGCGUGUGCACGGAUUUCUCCCACAAUAUGGACUUCUACGUAGGUCAGGUUCAGCGGGGGGUGGACGAGCUCCGGCACUGGCUGACCCGCGGCUCGUAGCAGGAGGACAGAGGAGCAGCGCAGAGGGACCCAAACGCCUCUCCGGAUAAAAACGCCUGCCUCCGCCGCCCCUGAAGGUUCGUGUGUCGCUCUCAUGAACACCAAGCUGAAACGAUCAAUUACAGCACUAACUCUGAGACAUCAGCACGGCUUCCAGGUCUGUCUGAGCCACUUCCUGUGUCCGUAUAUGGCGAGACGAAGCAUUCUGCACACCACAGGAACCUGCGGAGGCUGGACAUAACGGCCGUGUGUCCCGUCAGGGUCAACCGAAGCCUUCCACGCAGGGAACUGGACAAAAAAACACACCCGGCCAUGAGGAGGCCUCCUGAAGGAGCAGGGAAUCUCUCAGCCAGUGUAGCUCAGUGUUUACUGCCGUCAACUUCACCUCAUGUACAGAGACCGAGUUUUUAAAGUCUUAAAUACGGAGUCUUAACCUUUGAUUCGUGGCAUUUCCCAUUCUUUCAAAGCUGGAUCACCAUCGCGACACUAGAGAAGGUGCUGACUACAGCGGUGGUUCUCAACUGGUAGCAGGCACUGAGUGGGUUGUGGGUACAUCAAAAAAUCAAACUUUUAUUAUCAUUAUUAUUAUUAUUAUUACUAUUAUUAUUAUUAUUAUUAUUAUAAUUUUAAGUAAUUUUGAUGAAAGGCAUCAGGUGGGCUUUCAGUGGUACGCUUUUAUUUUGAAAGGCAUCCUAGGCUGUGUCCAAAACUUACUACUAAAUAAAUAAUAUAUAUAUACACACACAUAUAUAUAUAUAUUACAUGUAAUAAUAUAUUAGUUAAGCGUAUAUAUAACAUUAUAUAUUUAGUAUAUGUAACAGUAUAUUAUUUAGUGCAUACAUACCAAACCUAAACUACUAUAAUACACAUUCUAAACUAAUGUAAACACUUCUAAUGGUGGUGUAAUAUCUUCAACAUGCUAGUUUUUACAGCAUUUGCUUCGUGAAACAGUCAUAUUUCAUCAGAUUUUCUAUAAUAUUAGCAAAAAUAAAAUAGCUCCACUCAUGUAAAUCAUUAUAUAGCAUUGUUUACUUUACAAUAGCUACAAUAAUGCUAACUUCCGCUAGCGGAUUUUCAGUGCUGUGGUGUUCAGUGGUUCCCCAACUCUUUUAUUUUUUUUAAAUUAGGAAAGUUCACUCGAUAUUGGCCCUUUAACAGCUCCACAUGGGUUGAGGCAGGUGUGUGAUGUUUGGGCCUGCGGUUAGCACCAGAGCUGGUGUAUGAGGAGUCUGGCCAAUCCCUAUUUCCCCGUUAUAUCAAAAACAGGACGGCUAAACAGCAGAGGGCGCCCCCGAGUGAGUCCUCAAUGAAUGGGAGUGAAUGGAGCUCAACGGCUAAAAAU